AUGUCAGCGUUACGGCAGCUGAAGAAAGGGGUCACAAAAGGUGUUGCGCACACUACUCGCUUUGCUCAAGGAGCUGCCGAUCUUGUCAAAGAUGGCACAACAGACAUCAUCAAGGGCGCUAGAGAUGGAAUCCGAGAAGGAUUGUCAGAUGAAAAGAGCAAAGAACUGAAGCGCAGCAAUUCUGCCAACUUUUAUGAAGAAUCAGAUGACGAUGAUGAUCCAGAUAUAAGCAGCAUGCGAUAUAGCACCGUUGUUGGUAGCGGCGGGGCAAAGAAGAAGAAAGACGAUCAAAAUAUGGCUGGAUAUAGCAUUCGUCCUCCCAACCACGCCCACCACGACAAUACUGGUGCGGACAGUGACGACGAUCUGUAUACGGAACCUUUAUCAGAAAGCCAGCAGGGAGAGCUUGGCUUGAACGACGACGAUGAUGACUCGGCUGUAGCCACCAAAAAGAAGAAGAAAAUUAAGAAAAUCAAGUACCGUAAAUCGGGAGACGAUUCUGAUGGAUCUGAUGCUUCUGCCAAGUCAACCAAAUCCUCAAAGUCGUCAAAGUCUUCUAAAUCUGGUAAAUCUCGCAAGAAGAAGAAAGACAGAGUCAAGAGAUCUGAUGGCAGUGUUGGAAGUGGUAGGAAGAAAAAGGCCAAGGACAGGGACGAAAGUCCGACUCGCCAAACCAGUAAUGCUUCGUUAAAAUCUGAAACUUCGUUCAAGAAGAAAAAGAAAAAGAAGAUGGAAGUAGCCGACGCUUAUUCUUCGGAUGACCAUGACGAUGAACAGCUGGAUGAACUUGCACCUCUUCCCGGUGGCAAGAAGGUUCCGGUCCUUCCAGUACGUUCCAAGUCCCCGAGUGGGUCACCUGGGACUAAGAAGAAAUCGCCUGCUGCACCGGUUUCACCAACUUCCGAUGAUGCUGUUCCAGUACAUCCCAUCAAACAGGAGCUUAUGCGCUUUUCAGAUAUCUGGAAAACUCAAACGGAAGACGACACAGAAGAAGCGAGUCCCCAGAAGAGAGAAUCCCUCAACGUUGGUAGGAUAUCAGCUGCUCUUGGAGAACUCAACGGCGAGAUCAAGGAAGAUGACGAAGAUCACUACAGCAAUGACUUUUUGGACGCCAAGCUUCGAUCCACUGAACAAAAGCUUCAUGAUUCGGAAGGAAAGGUGGAAGAGCUAAUUAUUGCCAAGAAUGAAAUCCAAAAAGAGUUGGAUGAAGAGCAGUUGCGCAAUGACGAGCUGAGCCGAAAACUUUUGUUUCUGGAGGACAGGGUGGAGGAGUUGGAGCAGGAAAAGAAAGAGUUGGAAGACAACCCCAAGGUGAUCGAGCAUGAAGCGGAUCCAAUCGAAAUAUUCGAGUUGCAGCAAGAGAUCAAUACGCUCAAGACUGACAUGUCCAUCAAGGUGGAUCAACAUGCUGAAGCCUUACAUUCGAAAAAUGAAACGAUCAAAGAGCUUGAGGCAAAGCUCGAAGCUGGUGGGGGGGCUGCUCAGCCGAGGGACAGUCUCCACAGUUCCAUGCACAGUACCAACAGUGCGGGAGGUGAUGCCAAAACGCAAGGCCUGCUUCUGCGAUCAAAUGAUAGGAUUCAAAAGCAGGAAGCUGAAAUUAAAGAACUGAAGCAAAAGCUCGAACAAUUGGGCAACGCCGAAAUCAUCGAACAAAAGGACGAGGAAAUCAAGAAUCUAGGUGUCCAAAUUUUCGAAUUGGAGACCAAGAUGAAGAAUAUGGAAACUGAACAACAAAAGGCAUUGAAGCAAAAGGAAGAAACGAUCGUGUUCUUCCAAAACCAAGUGGUCGAAAUGCUAAAGAAGAUGCCCAAACAGGCUGCAUACACUCGGAAAAAAUCCACAGAGCCGGGGGAGGAAGGCACCAUGACACUUGAUGGCGAAGCACCGGAAGAAGAAGCAACUGGAUUGUGGGGCCUCGUAUCCCGUGCAUCGCCCGGUUUGUUGGGUGGAAGACAAACUGUAGACAGACGAAAAAUGAAAGACGUGCCACCGUCUCCACAGUUGUAA